GUCAUACCUGUACAGCGACCGUAUUAUAUGUUACGUUUGAACACCUUCCCACGUAUGCAGACAGGUGUGCAGCCUACCGUUAGAUAGCUACCUGGUCCGUCACGUUCCGUCCCAUAGCUCUCCGUCAGUCGGCUCCGGAGGUUAUCUAUAACAGGAAUGGUCGCCAGUGGAACAGUUCUAUCCGAAGAUUCCUAAUCAGCUGAGUGGAUGACUAUAAUUUGUUAAAUUGUGUAUAAUUUACAAUGUAUCCUUCCUGUGGAAUAUUUCUGGUGACACUGUUCGCUGCUGUGGCACUUGUCCAUCCCUCCCACCUGUAUGUGAGUCAUGACCUACCAUGCCACACCUCCGCCGACUGUCCCCUAGACGCUUGUUGUCGAGAAUUGGACGGAAAUCUUAUCACCCUGUCCGGAACAUUCGACGCCGUCGGUCCGUUUCACGAUACCCACAACGGCACGUGCGUGCCACUCCUAGCCCAGCACGGGGAACACUGUGGGGAGUUUUGUCAAUGUGACAAGGAACAGGGUCUGCGAUGCUAUCGACAUGUUUCGGAUCACGAGUUUUCUCCGUCAAUCUGCCGUGAAAAGGCAUAUGUGGAAAAGCAACGUCGUAACUGGUUAUCAUGUUACAAGGACCCGAAAUGUAAAUUACCCAUGUGAUCUUCCCAAUCUUUACCACGUGACUAUCCAUGUGAUUAAAUCCGUUUUGUUUUGUUUGGAA